CCGGGGGCCUCGGAGCGGGGACCCUCGGCCGGGAUGGCGGCGGCGGCGGCGGCGGCGCGGGGAGCGUGGGGCGGGCGGCGCCGCGUGGCGCUCAGGCUGCCGCGGAGAGCCGGUGCCCCCUGGAUCACCUCAGUCGCCGCGUCCUUCUCUUCCUCGGUGCCAACAACCAAACUCUUCAUUGAUGGGAAGUUUAUUGAGUCCAAAACUACUGAAUGGAUUGAUAUCCACAACCCAGCCACAAAUGAGGUGGUUGGCCGUGUACCAAAAGCCACAGCCAGUGAGAUGGAGGCAGCUGUGGCUUCUUGCAAAAAGGCUUUUUGGAACUGGUCAGAAACAUCUGUUUUGAGUCGCCAGCAAAUUUUUCUGCGCUAUCAACAGCUCAUCAAAGACAAUCUGAAAGAAAUUUCCAAACUCAUCACCUUUGAGCAAGGGAAGACCCUGGCUGAUGCUGAGGGAGAUGUUUUCCGAGGCCUCCAGGUGGUUGAACAUGCUUGCAGUGUGACAUCCCUCAUCCUUGGGGAGACCAUGCCCUCCAUCACUAAAGACAUGGACACUUACACCUACCGCCUGCCUCUGGGUGUGUGUGCUGGCAUUGCACCAUUCAACUUCCCAGCCAUGAUUCCUCUUUGGAUGUUCCCCAUGGCUAUGGUUUGUGGAAACACCUUCUUGAUGAAACCAUCUGAGCGUGUACCAGGAGCACUAAUGUUCCUUGCCAAGCUGUUUCAGGAUGCUGGUGCCCCUGAUGGAACCCUGAAUAUUAUCCAUGGACAACAUGAAGCUGUGAAUUUCAUUUGUGACCAUCCGGAUAUCAGAGCAAUCAGCUUUGUGGGAUCUAAUCAGGCUGGCGAGUACAUCUAUGAGAGAGGAUCCCGGAAUGGCAAGAGAGUCCAGGCCAACAUGGGAGCCAAGAAUCAUGGUGUGGUGAUGCCUGAUGCCAAUAAAGAGAACACUUUGAACCAGCUGGUUGGAGCUGCUUUUGGAGCAGCUGGCCAACGCUGCAUGGCCCUGUCUACAGCAAUUCUAGUAGGAGAAGCUCAGAAAUGGCUGCCAGAGCUUGUGGACAGAGCCAAAAAUCUACGAGUAAAUGCAGGAGACCAGCCUGGAGCAGAUCUUGGGCCUCUAAUCAGUCCCCAAGCUAAGGAACGGGUUUGUAGUCUGAUUGAGAAAGGAGUGAAAGAAGGUGCCAGCCUUCUCCUGGAUGGACGUAAUGUCAAAGUGAAGGGUUAUGAAAAUGGCAAUUUUGUUGGACCAACAAUCCUUGCCAAAGUCAAGCCAAACAUGACUUGCUAUAAGGAGGAAAUCUUUGGGCCCGUUCUAGUGGUGCUGGAAGCAGACACUUUGGACGAUGCCAUUGAGAUGGUGAACAAUAACCCCUAUGGGAAUGGAACUGCAAUCUUCACCACCAAUGGAGCCACAGCUCGGAAGUAUUCUCACUUAGUAGAUGUAGGGCAGGUGGGUGUCAACGUUCCAAUCCCAGUACCUCUGCCCAUGUUCUCUUUCACUGGCUCUCGCGCUUCUUUCCGAGGGGACACCAAUUUCUAUGGCAAACAGGGAGUGCAGUUCUAUACACAGCUGAAAACUAUCAUUUCUCAAUGGAAAGAGGAAGAUGCCACCAUUGCCAAGCCUGCUGUGGUUAUGCCAACUAUGGGAAACUAAACCAGCCUUUUUGCAGAUGCUGUUCCUGGUGCCCAUCUAUGCUGCACUUUCCAGCUUUGUCCCGACUAUCAUCCUUUACUUGGGAAUGCAUAGCAAGCUCCUUUGUCUCAAGGAUCUAUUCCUGUGCAGGCUCAUGUGCCUCAUGGUCUGGAUUUUCUGUUGCUGUCAGUGUUUUUUUGGUUAGCUGAACUAAUUUUUUCCAUACAGCCUUUCAAAGACUAAAUAGCCUUAUCUAACUGAAAGGGCAGCCACUGAGAUGGGUCUUAAUUUGUGUUUCUUUCCAGACCCCAUGAACUUGAACGUAACUCUGGUUUUCACUUCAGUAUCUUUAGCCUUAGUAACUCACUCCUGGCUACAUCUUGUAGCAGGUUUAUUUACCUCUUUAUCUUGCAUAUUAAGAUUCUAAGUUCACCUUACUCAAAGAUGAGUACUCAUUUUGAGUGACAUAACUGGGACAUCUUGGGUGUCUCAUAGAAGACAUAUGAUGAAGAUAGCAAGUUGUCAGUCACACCUGUCGAGCAGUUUCCAAAACACUGGGAAAUAGCUUUGUGUGGAUUUUUCAGGAAAGCAUAUUUGAUUGCUUGUCUGAGGAUGAAAGAAAUUUCUGUAUGGUACGGUGACCUUUGCUGUACCACUGACAGCUUGAAUACUUCUGUUCCUGUUUUGUCUGGGGCUUGUAUGCUCAAGCUUGCCAGCAAUUCCAUUAUAGUUGAAAGUUGUUUGGUGCCUUUUCCCUGUGCUAAGGGAUACAAACCUACACCAUAACGAAACUCUGGAAGGAGAAACAUAACCAUGUAUAUGUAUCUUUGUGUCACAGCAUCAUGUGAAUCUGACUAAAAUAGAGCCUAAGUCGACAGGUCAGUAGGAAGAAAGAACACAUUUUUUAAUCACAAAGCAGCCUGUUGGCUUUCUGUCCUGAUUGUAGCUGUAUUUCUUGUGUUGGUUGAUUGACUCCUUGUCACAUUUGCUCAAAAACAAUCACGUACUCUUGGGACUGCAAGUUCCUAUUGCUAGAGAGGAGUAAGACUUGGUAUAUACAAUCUGGUUUUAAGAAUCUCUGCAUUUGGAGCUGGAGAACCUGUAUUUUUAUUUCGUUCCUGAACGAUGAUGCAGCCACGAAGGAUCUGCAGGGAUCUCACUCAAACAUCCAUGGAAAAUAAUAUUCUUCUAAUGUUUGUAACCAUUAAGUGUUCUAAUUAAACUAUCUGAAUGUGAACACUUUGUAGCCUGCCUUCUGGUAAAAUGCCUUGUAACUGACAGCUCUAUAUUAGUGCAAUUGCUGUACAUUCACUAAUGUUUGUACCUUGUUUUUUUUUUUUUCCUCUGCUAUACACUAGAGGGAAAUUCUCACCUUACAAUUUGAUUACAAAUUAAAAACAUGCUAAUAUA